GGAGGCGGUGGCCUGCGGCCGGCGGUGUAGACGCCCCUUCCCCGGAGCCGGGAUCCGCCGGCCGGUGUUGCCCAGAAUAUCAGAGAAUUGGGAACGAUCCUAUUUUGGGAUCGUCCACCUACUGUGGUGGUUUAUAAACAAGGAUAACUGACUAUGCCCCCCAGGAAGUCACUGGUUCUCCACCAGUUAUGAAGUUAAAUGAAGGAUGGCCCCUAAGGAUUUUAUCAUGUGAAGUCUUCCUGGAUUUUCUGGCUUUCUCUUUUUAGAAAUGCAAAUAAAGAAGAUGAAGGAUAUUGGACAGCAGUUAUAUACCACGCAAGGGAAUAACGGACAUAAUUCCUUGACCAUGUCACCCAAACAACCGAAUGCUAAUAGAGUGACUCGACCAGAUAGACAAGAAGCGCAAGCUCUUUUGUGUCAAGGCUCAGAGGCCGAGGCUGCCAUGAUGACCAUUGCUACGUGUGCAAAGUGCAAAAGUGUUCACAAAAUCCCGCUUCAAGAUUUGAAAAAGGGUACUGGGCCAAGCCAGAAGGAAGACAAAUAUGUUUGCUUCAAAUGCAGCCUCGGUGUGGCUACUCCCCAUUUUCAUUUUGUGAACAGUAACCCCAGUGCUACUCCUAUAGGAAAUAAAGCCGAAGCCAUCGCUGGUUCCGUUAAUAAAUUUAAGGUAAGGAACUUUAAGCCAGGCAAAUACUAUUGUGAUAAAUGUCGGUUUUCCACAAAGGACCCUCUGCAGUACAAAAAACACACUCUUCAACAUGAAGAGAUUAAAUUCAUCUGUUCUCACUGCAGCUACAUUUCCUACACAAAAGGGGAGUUCCAGAGGCAUCUGGUGAAACACACAGGCAUAUUCCCAUACCAAUGUGAGUACUGUGACUAUGGUGCUAUUAGGAAUGACUACAUUGUCAAACACAGGCGGAGAGUACACGAGCGGGUCGGGGGAAGGCGGCCACCCAAAACUGUUGCCAAGCUGGAGCCAAAAAGAACCAACACAUCGAAACAAAACACAGAGCUCUUAAAACCUCCCAAUCCAAGGACUGCAUUUCCAAAUAAGUUGUCCGAUCAACUCUCAAGGUUCUCCCUCCAUACAAAUAAAGACAAAAUGCACAAUAUUAUGUUGUUGCCUGAAUCAAAGGAGUACCAAAAAGAUGUAGUGUGUAUUCCGAAUAAAGUGACCCUUUCGGAGCCCAACGAGGGCAGUGUGUUUGAGAACCAAAGCGUGGAGGUAGAAGUGUUGUCCCCGGCAAAAGAGCCGGUGCAGCCGGGAAUGCCGUUAACAGUGGUGGCACCAGCAGAACUCGUCGUCCCUGCCAACUGCUUAGCCCAGUUGAUGGAUGUGAAGAUCGUCAACGGGACCCAGCAGCUUGUCCUGAAACUGUUUCCUCUGGAAGAAAGUAACCGCCCUGAAGCUGCUGGGGGUGAAGGGGGUGAUUCUGAGCAUAUGACUAAAGAGAAGGGUUCGGCCAGACCAGGAAAAAUGGUUUCUGCAAGCCAAACGAAGUCCCUGGCGAUGGAAGGGCAUGUUGGGAAACUGACAGGCAUUGAUAAUCUUCAGUCGUCAGUUCAGAAACAACUUAAAAAUGUGAAGUGGGUCAGGUCUUAUGAUUUUUUCAUGUCAAAUUCUAGUGCGCACAACCGUGGAGAAUCCCUCCUCAACCUGGACACAGUUGAGGAUUUCCAGAAAAAAAGUAGUAUGUAUCCACAUAGACCGGCUCUUCCUUCUCUCUCCUUGAAAGGUCAUUCUCCAGCAUCUGUAGCAAAAAACAGUGUUUUCCACAGUCUUGGCACUGCGUCCAACCCUUUCCCUUAUAAAGCUGCUGUUUCUUUGGCUGAAGAUGGAAGGAACCCGCACAGCGACUUGCAGCAGUUACUUCCCCGGGCUGUGUCACCUGCAACCAUGUCCUUCUCUGGAGAAAAGCGCUUGUUGCCUCUAAGUCCCAAUAGCUUGGAAUCCAGAAAGGAGAUCAGUAUUCCUGUAAAAAUGGUUCCCUCUCAUAGGAAGUCGAAAGACAAGCAGAUGGAGGAACCCAAAGCAGUUUCAAAUACAGGCCAGAUUUCCUCUCAACCUAAAAGCGAGUACUUGCACAUAAAUAUAUCAGGAGAAGAUAGAAUCAGGUCUCAGCCACCCAGGGAGGAGCCUUUGGAAUUAAAGAAUCCUGAAAGGACUAAGGACUCUUUCGAUGGUCCAGUCAUUUCAUCAGUAUUUUCUCUGAGCUCUGGGUCUGAAAACGUCCCUGAGGGUGUUAAGUGGAAUAGCUCAACGUCCAAAAUAAAGUCAAUUGAACUCUUGCGCAGAAAGAUAGCUCAGUUAAUUGAAUCCUGUGGCAAGCCAUCAUCUUUGUCUGCAAAUAACGCACAUCGCCGUUCUGUAGGGCAGGCAUCAAAGGGAACUUCGAAAGCUGCUCCUGAAGGUAUUCACGAAAUUAACGUGUCAUUUACUGGCCCUGGCUAUUCCACAGGCACGCUCCCAAAACCUCAGGAUGAUGGUGGUCUUAAUGGGCCGCUCACCCAACAGCAAAUCUAUCCACAGUUUAUAGAAGGCAGCAGUGGGAAAACUGAAAGCAGAGUAACUAAGAACGCCCAUGUUGCUACUCCAGUGUUGAUCCCCAAAGGAGCUGUGUUGAGGGUUCUUAAUUCUUCUGAAGACGCCCACAUUAUAGAGGCAACAUGUGAAGCACCCGUCAGCAUACCUUGCAGUGAGACCCAGUUAAUAAAACCCAUUCCGUUCUGCCCAGUGAGACAGACAGACUCAGACUUACAGUCUUUGACAACUGAAAGCGGGCCAAUAAACAUGUCCCAAAAUCUUGAUAUACCUCUUCGGCCAAAACCAAGAAAAGAGAGUGCUAUUUGUGGCACCAUGCCUAAAAAAACUAGCCCCUGGCACGGGCAGCAAGGAAGCAGUGAACUGAGUAAGCAAGGCAAACUGCUUUCCAGAAGUCUUCCCAUAAGUAAAAAUAAAACCAAACAAGUGAACUCAUCCAAGAAGAAAAGCAAAAUCCAGGCUGAUCCCAGCCACUAUCUCAAGGAUCCUUCAAUUUUUCAGGUUGCAAGACAGCUUCGACUGAUCGCCGCUAAACCAGACCAGUUGAUUAAGUGCCCCCGUCGGAACCAGCCCGUCAUUGUGUUAAACCAUCCUGAUGUUGACUCUCCAGAAGUCUCCAAUGUGAUGAAGGUAAUCAACAAGUACAAAGGCAAUGUCCUCAAAGUCGUCUUAUCGGAGAGGACUAGGUGCCAGUUAGGCAUCAGACGGCAUCACGUUCGCCUGACCUACCGGAACGUGGAGGAGGCCAAUCAGAUAAAAAGGCAGAUGAUGUUGAAAAUGAAACUUAAAAAAGUGCAUAAAAACAACUACCAGGUGGUGGAUUCCUUACCUGAUGACUCAUCACAGUGUCUAUUUAAGUGCUGGUUUUGUGGGCGGCUGUAUGAAGACCAGGAGGAGUGGAUGAGUCAUGGCCAACGGCAUUUGAUAGAGGCAACCAGAGAUUGGGAUGUUCUUUCUUCCAAGGGCAAAUAAGUAAAAAACGGUCUUUGAAGCAAAUUGUUUUUCUUACUUUUAGUUUAUUCUAGUUUGUUUGUCCCCCCCCCCCCCCCCCCCGCCCUGACUCAGUAGGAGAAAUACAGAUUGUAGGAAUGGGAGGACCGCUCAUUCUUCAGAAACCUUGUAGGAAUGUUGAGAGCCAGGAGUCUUAACCUGAGAUAAGAGACCGGACCUUGGAAGGUAUUUGAAGCCCCUGAAAUAGUAUGCACAAAUCUAUACACACAUUUUUCUGGAGAGAAGUGAAACUUCCAGAUUUCCAAUGGGAUCUGAGACUUUUCUUUGUUUAGCACCCCUUUUUUCUGAGUAGGUACAAAUUUUCUGUGAUCUAUUCAGAGGGGCAAGUUUAGAGUGUUUUACACAUUGCAUACAAAAUGCUACUGAGGAAUCAAACCCUAUCUUGGUGUGCACAUCCGUUUUUUUCUGCAUUAACUCGUGCUGCAUAUUUGGUACAUAAUGGAAAUUAUACUUUCUACUUUGUUAUCUUAAAUUUGGUUAUAGAAAAGUGGCUAUUCUUUGAAAUUCCUCACCCACUCGGCAGUACUCAGAAUUGUUGUCUUUAGCACAGAGCAUUGUGGUUUUGUUGGCCACUUUAAGAAUGAUUCCAAGGGUUUGCCUGAGCCGUAGAUGUUAGGGGAGGAAAGAAACAUUUUUAAACCUUUGCUUUCUAUUUGAAUGUCCUGAUUUAUGACAGUUGGGGAGGAAAUGUGCCUUUAAAAAA